AUGAUGCCAUUACAAAGAAAAGUGAGUGAGACUCAAGGAUUCCAAGUUGAAACAAGCGAGGAUGCUGGGAUUUCAUUGAAACAGAGCCAUGAGUUUAUGGGAAAGGAGGCGGGUGGGAUGGAAAAUGUGGGAUAUACUCGGGAAGACCUGAAACGAUAUCUUCGUACUCGACGGGAAAGGAGUUUGAAAUAUGGAGAAGCAGAAGUAAUGUGCGGAAAGCGUCCAAAUACCAUAUUAACCGAUCAAGAUCACGCCAUGACAGCCGCUCUUUCAGUUGUCAUGCCAGAAACAUUUCACGGUCUAUGUACGUUUCACAUAAGGCGUAAUUUUAUGAAACAUCUUGGCAAUCAUUACAAGAAAAAUAGUGAUCUUCCAUACAUGUUUGGUGCCUGCAUGUAUGAGUUUGAAGAAGUGGAACAGUUUAAUAGGGUGUGGGAGGCGAUGUUCUUUAGACAUUUCAAUCGAGUGAUUGAUGAUAAGAGACAUAAUAAACUCAUCGCAGAAUAUGAAAUGAGGCAAAAGCUCCCUAUGGUUGGGUUGAGGCAAACACCUGUGCUUGUACAUGCAGCAGAGACGUAUUCACCCACCGUAUUUGUUGCAUUCCAAAAUGAAUAUGGCGAGUCAACAGCUAUGGUUAUAUUGAGACAACAAGAUGCAGGGAUGUUUGUAGAGUUUGCGGUCAUGAGAUAUGAUGGAGGAUCUGAAAGAAUAGUGGUAUUCAAUCGGAAUGAUCUAAGUGUACAUUGUAGUUGCAAAAAAUACGAGAAUGAAGGAAUUUUGUGUGGACACUCAUUGAAGGUGUUUGAUACCGUAGGCAUAAAGACAAUUCCUCUUGAAUACGUUAAGAGACGAUGGACAAGAAGAGCUCGAGCUGGAGACUGUUUUGAUCGGUAA